GCAGGAUGCUGCAAAAGGCCCUGGAGACGAACUACAUCAACUUCAACUGCGUGGACCCCCUGGGCCGGUCUGCACUCCUGAUGGCCAUAGACAACGAGAACCCCGAGAUGGUGGAGCUGCUCAUCGAGCACCGGGUAGACACCAAAGACGCUCUCCUCCACGCCAUAUCCGAAGAGUUCGUCGAGGCUGUAGAGGCCUUGCUGGAGCACGAGGAAGCUCUCACAAAGCCGGGCCAGCCCAAGAGCUGGGAAGCGCUGCCCCCAGACACGGCCACGUUCACACCCGACAUUACUCCGCUGAUCCUGGCGGCUCACAGGGACAACUACGAGAUCAUCAAGAUCUUGCUCGACCGGGGCGCGACUCUUCCCAUGCCUCACGACGUCAGGUGCGGCUGCGAGGAGUGCGUGACCUCGCGACAAGAGGACUCGCUGCGGCACUCCAGGUCCAGGAUCCACGCCUACCGGGCCUUGGCCUCCCCCUCGCUGAUCGCCCUCAGCUCCAAGGACCCCAUCCUCACCGCCUUCGAGCUCUCCUGGGAGCUGAGGAGGCUCAGCUUCAUGGAGCACGAGUUCAAGACUGAAUAUCAAGAACUGCGGAAGCAGUGCCAGGACUUCGCGACGGCGCUCCUGGACCACACCCGGAGCUCCUACGAACUGGAAGUGCUCCUCAACCACGACCCGACCGGCCCCGCCUUCGAGCACGGAGAGAGGAUGCACCUCAACAGGCUCAAGCUGGCCAUCAAGUUGAGGCAGAAGAAGUUCGUGGCGCACCCCAACGUGCAGCAGCUGCUGGCCUCGAUCUGGUACGAGGGCCUUCCCGGGUUCCGGAGGCAGAACAUGGUCCUCCAGGCCCUCCAGAUCAUCCGGAUCGGCUCCAUGUUCCCCAUCUUCUCCAUAAUGUACAUUAUCGCACCUCACUCCAAGCCGGGGCAGACCCUGCGCAAGCCUUUCAUCAAGUUCAUCUGCCACUCUGCGUCUUAUUUCACCUUCUUAUUCCUCCUCAUCCUGGCCUCCCAGAGAAUAGAGACCCUGCUGGACUGGGCGGGAGGUGAUGGCAGUGGGAGCAUCCAGCCGCCAUUGGUCACCACUAAGAGGGGAUCCUUACCAUCCAUCAUAGAGUGGAUGAUCUUAGGUUGGGUAGCAGGACUGAUGUGGAGCGAGGUGAAGCAGCUGUGGGACGUCGGGUUAGAAGAUUACCUCGCUGACAUGUGGAAUGUUAUAGACUUCAUUACCAACUCCCUCUACGUCGCCACCGUAGCCCUCAGGGUCGUCUCCUAUUACCAGGUACAAAAAGAACUGCAGAGCGGGAAAGGUACCUUGGACAUCCCGAGGGAGGACUGGGACACAUGGGACCCCAUGUUAAUAUCCGAAGGCCUAUUUUCUGCCGCCAAUAUAUUUAGUUCCUUAAAACUCGUUUAUAUAUUUUCCGUAAACCCUUACCUGGGACCCCUCCAGGUCUCACUAAGCAGAAUGGUGCUGGACAUCAUGAAGUUUUUCUUUUUAUACGUUCUAGUCCUCUUCGCAUUUUCCUGCGGUAUGAACCAAUUACUGUGGUACUACGCUGACAUGGAGAAGCAAAGAUGCCCAAACGCGACGACAACUUUCGACCAGAAAAGUCACAACAACGAUCCAGACGCUUGUAUCGUUUGGAGGAGGUUUGCCAACCUUUUCGAGACCUCGCAGACACUGUUCUGGGCAGUCUUCGGCCUGAUAGACCUGGACAACUUCGAACUGGCGGGCAUCAAGACGUUCACCAGGUUCUGGGGUAUGCUCAUGUUCGGAACCUACUCCGUUAUCAACAUCGUGGUUCUCCUCAACCUUCUCAUUGCCAUGAUGAAUCACUCCUAUCAGCUCAUUUCCGAACGCGCGGACGUGGAGUGGAAGUUCGCUAGGAGCCGGCUGUGGAUCAGCUACUUCGAGGAAGGCGGUACUGUGCCCCCGCCUUUCAACGUCCUCCCUUCGCCGAAGAGCGUCUGGUACUUCCUCAUGUGGCUCCAUCGGCGGUUAUGUGGCCAGAGCAGGGCCGCCAAGAAGGAGCACAUGCGCACCAUUAAGGCUAGUGAGAGGGAUUUCCGUUACCAAAGCAUUAUGAGGAACCUGGUCCGGCGGUACGUGACCGUGGAGCAGCGGAAGGCGGAGAACGAGGGAGUAACCGAAGACGACGUCAACGAGAUCAAGCAGGACAUAUCGGCCUUCCGCUGCGAGCUCAUCGAGAUCCUGAAGCAGUCCGGGAUGAACACUUCCACCGCAUCUGGAGCAGGAACUGGUGCCGGCGGUAAGAAGAACAGGCAGAAGGAAAGGAGGUUGAUGAAGGGCUUCAACAUCGCGCCUCCACCGAGCUCCUCCAAUUCUUCCAGUGUCGCUCCAGUCCUGGAGCACCAAGGCUCCCUCCAGAAGAGUUCUUCCAACGAUAACUUGUCCAACCCCGCUUCGGCGAGGCUAAGUGGGGGGCCAGGUUUAAGCAUUCGGCGCAAGUACCGGGACAACCUGUCCAAGCUGAUGUUCAGCGCCAACAAGAAGCGGCGCUGGGACAGCCUCAUCGAAGUGGCCAAGACCGGCAAAGUGAGCAAGUUCAUAUCGCAGAGCAGGUCCGAAGACUCCGUCUGCGAGCAGAGGAGUCCCAACUCGGAGAACCAGACGGACACCGACUCCAACGCAAGCGCUGUCGAAGGGAAGGCGCUCUCGAUGCUGAAGAAGAAGAGGGAGAAGUUCCAGAAGUCUAGGUACCAUCCGAACGAGAGCUCCAGCGUCGACAUCGAGGAGAAGUGCGAGAAGAAAGUACUGAAGAGAGCUUCCAGCGUUCCAGUGCAAGGUAGGAGUGAAGUUAGGACAGAGAACAAACCGGCAGACGAUUUCAAAGACAGAAACGGCAUGAUAAUGCCCAGUCUGCCGCCUGGAAUCCAGCCCGUGUCCGGGCAUAACAUUGCCUCUGGUUGGUUGUAAAAUAAUAUCUCUAACCUUAGAAAUUGUUUCAGAUUACCGAGACAGGUGAAAGGACUUGACUUGACUGAGUAAGUUGAGUUAAGUAGCCACUUAUUACUUUAUCAGCUUUGUGUUACUCUCAAGCUUAUCUAAGUUUUAUUUAACACACGCUUCUCAGUGGCUUAUCACACUCACCAAAAUUUGCAUCUUUGAAACCACAGUUACGUGAUUUUUUAAAUUUUUUUGUUAGUUUUUUUUUGUAAAUAUAAUAUUCUCCUUUUUUUUUUUAAUUAUUCUUUUUUUGCUAGUCAAUUCCUUUGGGGACCAGAUUUUGUGUUGUGUGUACACCUCUACCACAUUGCCGGAUCAAACUCUGCCCGAAUUUUGGUCUCGAUUUUCAUCUGUCACUCUCUAGUGUCCUAUUCGAACAGAGUUGUAAAAAAAAAUGUUGUAAUGUAUUUUAUAUGAAAUUUUUGUUAUGUUGAGUAGUGGUGCUAGUUUGUUACAUAGAUAUAUAACACAUUGAUGUAAUAACAUUGUUGAUGUGUGUGUAUAUAAAAUAUCAAUUAUAUACACGAACUAUAGCCUCAUAAUUUUAUGAAAAUAACAUGUUGAUAUUAUGUUAAGUAGAUAUAAAGGUCUAAAUGAUAUAACACACUAUAAAAAUAACAUAUUUGACGAGUGUUGUGCAUGUUAAUGUUCGAUUCACUCCAGUUAUCGAUUAAUAGACAUUUUAUAAACACAUAUGUAUUAAGAGGCCUUAUAGCAUACAUUCGUUAAUAUUAAUUAUAUAAAUGCCUAAUUUUAUAACAUAUUAUAAGGAGUUUAUAAAUGAAGAUAUUAACUAAAAUAUAUAUAGCAAGAUAAAUAAUUAAAAAGGAAAAAUAUUGUGAAUUGUGAGAAAGAAAAUAUACGAGCAUGCAAAUUAUCAUGGAUAGGUACUUGCUGUCAAAUUGACUGUUAAACAAAAUUCGUAAUAUUGUAAGGAAUAUUUAACACCAAAAACAAACAAAAAAUCAUAAAUUAAUACAAAUCCGAGGUUUUCGACUCAUAUAUUUUCUAUGCCGAGUUGAUACCUUCAUAUUUAUUAGAAUUUGAAUUUAAUUAGUAUUUUAAAGUAGGAUUAUCGAAGUCAAAUUUUACCAAAACUGUUUGGUGUUAAGUAUCUUAUUAAGGUUUAAAAAAAAAUUUAAAAACGAAACAAUUGUUCAAAAAAUUAUCAAGCUCUGAUUAUUUUGUCAUAUGUAAAUAUAUAUAUAUGAGUUGUCUCAGUUAUUGUAACUUUUGUGAUAUAUUUAGUUGAAUAUUUGAUGAUGUCCAUAAAAUUAUAACAUGUUGGAGUACUGUAAAUUAUACGAUAUGAAGUA